AUGCCGAUUACAGUAGCAAACAAGCCUGUUCUGGGAAAUUUUUUGUUGCUGGAUUGUCGAGCACCCUACAAUGAAAUUGUAGGACGGGACUGGAUGCAUGCAAUUGGUGCAGUCACUUCCUCAUACCACCAGUGUCUGAAGUUCGUUACAUCUGAAGGGGUCGUAAAGAGCCCUCUCCCGCCAGAGUCAUAUGUGGGAGAAGACGCGGUUGAUCCUCCAACAGUCGAAAAACUGGUUGAAGUUCAUAUUGGGGAUGAAGAGCAUAAAAGCACAUUCGUAAGGGCAGAUCUACCCGCGCACGAAUGUGAGGGUCUGAUUACACUAUUAAGGGCAAACGUUGACGUUUUCGCAUGGAGUUUUGCUGAAAUGUAUGGAAUAGAUCCGAACGUAGCCUGUCACAGGCUAAAUAUCGAUGAGAAGUUUCAUCUAGUUCGUCAAAAAGUUAGGAAUAUGGUACAAAGCAAAAAAUAUGGAGUUGUUGUAGAAAUCGAGAAGCUGUUGGAAGCAGGCUUUAUUCGACCAGUACAGUAUCCUCGCUGGUUGUCUAAUGUCGUGCCCGUUCCACAGAAGAAUGGUAAAAUUCGUGUCUGUAUCAAUUUUACUGAUUUAAAUAAAUCAUGUCUGAGCGAUCCAUACCCACUUCCGCGGAUAAGAGUUUUGGUAGAUGCUACCUCAGGGUACGGGAGACUGUCAUUCAUGGAUGGUUUCUCAGGGUAUAACCAGAUACCUUUGUUCGAAGAAGAUCAAGAGCAUACCGCCUUUGUGACUGACAAGGGGGUUUACUGCUAUACCGUGAUGCCGUUCGGGCUAAAGAAUGCAGGAACGACUUACCAACAUUUGGUAGAUGAUAUGUUCAGAGAUCUGAUUGGGAAGACGAUGGAGGUAUAUAUCGACGAUAUGGUAGUAAAAUCUAAGCAAAAGGAGUCUCAUUUUAUCGAUCUACAGAAGAUGUUCGAUAUCUUGAGAGGAAUAGAGGCGAAUCCGGAGCAAAUCAGGGCCAUCAGAGAUAUGCCAUCCCCAAGAACGAAGAAGGAGUUCCAGAAGCUAGCAGGGCGAUUAACAACUUUAAGUCAUUUCAUUUUGCGUUCGUCAAAUCGAUUCAAGCCAUUCUUUGACGUUUUGAGGAAAGCAGUGAACUUUGGUUGGACGGAAGAGUGCAAAAGAUCUUUCGAUGAAAUCAAACUGUAUUUAUCUACUCCCCCAGUAUUGGUGAGUUCAAAAACUGGGCAACCUGUCGGAGUUUAUCUGGCUGCAACAGAGAACGCUGUAAGUGCAAUACUAUUUGUUACUGAAGAACAUGAAAAACCUGUUUACUUCGUCAGUAAAUCUUUGACGGGGGCGGAAAUACGAACUGCAGAGAAGGGACACGCACUGACUACACUAUUAGCAGAUUUCCCUGUGGACGACAUAGAAAUAGUUACCGAAGAAGAAGAGUUGUUGAACAAACCCGAAGAUUCAACCACUAAUCGGACUGGGGGCGAGUCCACUAUAGAAGUCGAUACACCUGAGCCACUAUGGACUGUAUUUACUAAUGGGUCAUCAAAGGUUAGUGGAUCUGGUGUUGGUUGUAUCAUCAUCACUCCUGAAGGUUCAAGGAUCGAAAAAGCAACUAGAUUGGAAUUUCACGCAUCAAACAAUGAAGCUGAAUAUGAAGCAGCAAUUGUCGGUUUAAAAACUGUCAAACAGUUAGAUGCAAAGAACGUGAAGCUGGUCACUGAUUCUAUGCUAGUAGUCAAUCACGACCACGGUUGGAAACACAGGCACGCUGACGCUCUAGCAUAUCUUUCUUCCGUAGUCGACACCGACACCACUCGUUUUGUGGUAGUGGAUUUCCAAGAGUUACCUAGCAUCUCCGACAGCCACUUUGUUCUGGCUCUCGAACACGCUAGUGGGGGAGAGAAGGUAACUACAUCAGUACAGGAAGAUAUCGGCAACACUGACAACAAUAUGGAUGUAGACAUCCCAGAGGGAGACGAUUCAGGCAAUCCUACUAAAAACGAUUCUGAUUGGCGUCAAUCUUAUAUUAGGUAUUUGACAGCCAGUAAACUCCCAGAGGAUGAGCAUCUCACUUCAAAGGCAGAGGAAGGACAACAGAUAUUGGCGGAGGCUCAUGAAGGAAUAUGUGGCAACCAUUCUGGAGGGCGCAGUAUCGCACACAUGAUACUUACUCAGGGGAACUUCUGGCCAUACAUGCAGAAAGAUGCUAAAGAGUACGCGCAAAAGUGUGUGCCAUGCCAAGAGCACGCUCCAAUUCCUAAAAGGCCUGCCAAUGAACUACGUCCAGUUUUAAGUCCCUGGCCAUUCGCUAAGUGGGGACUAGACGUCGUCGGACCACUCCCCAAAGUUCCUGGAGGAGUGAAAUUAGUUUUGGAUGCUACUGAUUAUUUUACCAAAUGGGUCGAGGAAGUGGCGCUGAUCCGGAAUCCAACACGAGUUAGUGUCAGACAAUGGCAAGCAGUUCGACUCUGGAGUGAUCAAAGAAUUCUGCAAGAAUUUGAGCAAUCGCCACAACUUCUCUGCUCCUUAUUAUGCUCAGAGCAACGGGCAGGGGAAGCAACCAAUCGUGUUAUUAUGGAAAAUCUCAAGAAAAGGCUGGAGAAGGCGAAAGGAAAAUGGACAGAAGAGUUCCCAGGAGUCUUAUGGUCUUAUCGAACGACCCCAAAAAGAUCCACUGUAUUUUCCCCAUUCACACUGACUUAUGGUACAGAAGCAGUCAUACCCACUGAGAUACAUCUGAAGACUACCAAGACCCGUGCUGUCAAAGCUGGAAACAACAACAGCAUAAUGGAUUUGGAUAAAGAGUUGUUGGAAGAACAAAGAGAAACAGCCUUGCAGUAA